AUAUAUUAUCUGUUUUAGCCUCGCACUAUAACGGCUGGAGCUGGAACUGAUGGGACAUGGAAAUUUUACCAACCAACAAGUGAUUCAGUCUCCGGAACCACCGCACUGCCUGCUUCUAAAGUUUAUCGUUAAUUCCUCUGCCAGCUUCUCCCCCUUCUCCCUGCCCUAACUUUAAACAAAUCUUGGCCCUCUCCGUUGUAAUUCUUGGGGAAAAAUUUCUCAAAAAAGUAAAACUCGAUACCACUAAUACUGAUUCAGAUUCAUGAGAUAUACAAAAAACGGUCCCGUUUAUUAACACCCAAGAGCAUCACAUAACUCAUAUACAUAUAGGAAAUGACGUUCAAGCCGUUCAGGAGAGUCCUGUAUUUUCUAAAUAACUUUUUCAAUAAUGAUGACAUAGAAGAGGAGUAUAUCAAGAUGCGACAGAAAUCCCUGUCCCUAUCGGCGUUUAUCGUGGGGUUGGUUGCCGCUGUUGGUGGCUUCUUAUACGGGUACGACACAGGUCUCAUCAAUGAUAUCAUGGAAAUGAACUACGUGGAGCUGCAUUUCCCCAGUAAACAUAAUGGAUUUAACGUCCAUGAACGGGCGUUGAUCACGGCCAUCUUAUCACUCGGAACCUUCUGUGGCGCUAUUGGCGCUCCUUUGAUCUCCGACAACUUCGGACGACGCUUCUCCAUCAUACUAAGCAGUGGGGUGUUGUUCACCAUCGGUACCGUCUUACAAAUCGCUGCUUCCAAUAUUGCACUUCUAUGUGUGGGGAGAUUUGUGUCGGGAGUGGCGGUGGGAAACUUGUCGGCCAUCGUGCCGUUGUACCAGGCAGAGGCGUCGCCCAAAUGGGUCAGAGGCUCGGUGGUGUAUUUGUACCAGUGGGCCAUCACGUGGGGGUUGUUGAUGGCCAGUGCCAUUUGUCAAGGAACCAGAAAGAUGGAUAACAGUGCUUCCUACCGGAUUCCCAUUGGCCUCCAGUUUGUGUUCACGAUAAUCCUUUGUAGUGGAAUGUUGUUUUUACCUGAAAGUCCUCGAUUCUACGUACAAAAGGACAAAUUGGAAAAGGCCUUACAAUCCUUGUCUAAACUCCGGAAAAUAGACGUUUCUGACCCAGACUUGAUCGAAGAGUUGGUGGAGAUCAAGGCCAGCUACGACUACGAGAUGUCUUUUGGUAAAACAAAGUGGAUUGACUGCUUCAAGAACGGUGGAGGUAGAAAUAAGCAGGUGUUGCGAAUGUUGACGGGGAUGGGUGUCCAUGUAUUCCAGCAGUGCAGUGGUAUCAACUUCAUCUUCUACUACGGGGUCAACUUCUUUUCCAGCACCAAGAUGACAAACUACUACUUGAUGAGUUUCAUCACCUAUGCCGUGAACACGGUGUUCACGAUUCCUGGGAUUGUGUUGAUUGAGGUCAUUGGCAGAAGAAAGCUUCUUUUGGGAGGCGGUAUUGGUAUGACCAUUUCUAACUUUGUUAUUGGCAUUACGGGUGUGGCGGUGGAAGAUCCCAGCAUCAGCUCCAAGAUCUCUAUUUCAUUUUCCUGCUUGUUCAUUGCUUUCUUUGCAGCCAGUUGGGGUGGGUGCUGUUGGGCCCUUACGUCUGAUUUAUACGGUAUUUCCAUUAGACAGAAGGCAAUUUCCAUCACCGUUUCCACCAAUUGGAUCGUGAACUUCACCUGUGCUUACAUCACCCCGUACUUAAUUGACACGGGAGCUCAUACAGCGGCAUUGGGCAGCAAGAUCUUCUUUAUUUGGGGAGGCUUGAAUGCGGUAGGAACGGUUUUUGUCUACUUUGUGGUGUACGAAACCAAAGGAUUACGAUUAGAAGAGGUGGAUUAUAUGUACAAGAUUUGUCACAAUCCUAGAGAUUCAACCAAGUUCAAGUCCACCAAGAUCUCGUAUGGGUCGACGCCUCAGUCAGAAAAAAUCAAGAACGAAAUCCACCAGAUGAUCCCCGACACCAGUGGCCGUCCAUCACCGGCUCCUUCCGAGGAAAUCCUCAAAAACAUGUCCAGCUCGGCCGGCUCACCCUCGAACCCUACGUCCUCUUCAAACCCCAGUGAUGGUCCAUUAGCAGGCACUAAUGAUAUCACCAUGGUUCCAUACACCAACCCGUUGAGCUCACCUUCAUUGUCGUCACAUCUGGACAACGAAGAAGACGGAAGCCAACGACGGUCGGACUACGAGCAAUAUCUCAACAACUUCAAAUCAGACUAUUCCAAAUACGAAUCGUCUCAGACAUCUGGCUCGAUCAUCUUCAACAUGAAAAGCCAUGACAUGAAAAAAACCGUUAUUGCGGCGCCAUUCUUCGACUCCCCUCCCAGCGACAGUGACGAUAGCGAUGACAGUGUUGCCGAACAAUAGAAUCACCAAUAACAUUAACGACAUUAACGAACUCUACAGUUUCAAAAGAAGCUGCGAAUUAAUAUAGCUUGUAGGAGAAAAUAAAGAAGCUGCGAAUAAUCAUCUCAUUUUUCCCCAUGCAAAAUCUCCCGCAGUGGCAAGCAUGGCAGAUAAAUACCAGAUUCAUGAGUACAUAAAGACCGGCAAGUUCCAAUUGGCCG